UUGUUUAUUAGUGUAAAUUGCUAUUGUACGAUCCUUAGAAUGUCACAUCGGUUCUUCCUGUUUCCUUAUUCGGGACAAAGCGGGAGUUGACGGCGCGUGAAAAUUUACGGGAAAUUGUUUCGGAAAAUCGGGGACUUCGUGUCGAGUUCCUGUCGUUUUGUGUUACUCUUUAAAGUUUAUGUGUUCUGUUGCGCGACGACUCGAUAGGAUUUUAGGGAUUGACGACAAUCUGGUCGAAUAGCUAAGCGGGUACACUUAGUGGACAUGCCACCCAUUUUCCACAUAAUUAAAUAACUAUUAUUCACAACAUUAAAAGUUUUUUACUGGAACACAACCUGGAAGCUCGUUUUCAAUUAGAAGCUUUAAAACUGUGUCAACAGAGUCGAUUAAAUUUCAUUUAUUUGAGACUUUAUUUAACUGUUUGACCGCAGUAAAUAAAGUUUGAUAAUUUCGCAUUUCUAGGGUGCAAAACCCAUUAUGUUAGACAUUAUAUAUAAAGCUUAAUCAAGAGAAAGAGCACGUCGGCCUAUACAAUGGACGUAAAUGACCCCGAUGAAGAACAGCUCCACCAGGAGCUUAACAAUAUAGAGCUGGGAGCCAAAGUUCCAGAGCAGGAAAAUACAGGUAAUGAUGUGCCAGAUGGAGGAAAACCGGACUAUGAAGAAGUGCUAACCAUUGCAAUGGACGACGAAGAUUCAAGUGGUGGAACCGCGUCAAGAAUUCUGCGCUAUGGAACAGUCGGCAAAAAAACAGCGGCUCAAGGACUAAUGGACAUCGCUCUUGUAACGGCCAAUGCUAACCAGUUGAGGUACAUUUUGGAAUUUAACAGGAAAAGCCACACCUUCCUCAUAACCCUUAGCUUGAUAAUAUUUUCAAUCGCCCUACAAUUGGCCCUGGCGAUGCUUUUAAUUUUCAAGGGACGGUAUUAUGUAAAAGGCGAGUCCAAAUGUAGGAACGCAAAACUUUUAAAUACAUACGUUCUUUUGGGCGUGUUUUUAAUAACAGUGGUCAACAUAUUUAUCGCUAGCUUUACCACGAUGGAUGCUGUACCAUAAGGAAAUUGGUUAUUUUGCCAAAUUUAUAUUCGUUGCUUUUUGUGCUUAAUAUAAUUUGCACGGUAGUUUAGUAAACGCUUCGCAUAUCA